CGGAAGCAAAAAAAAAUAAAAAAGGACUGAAAUUUUUCAGAAAAUAGAGGAAAAGAGAAAAUCCGAAAAGAUGACGAGGCGAGCAUGUCGGGGAAGUCGAAGCAGACAAGCUGAAAUUGAAGACGAUCAGCACGUCAGAGAAGCAGCAGCAGUAAAGGUUAACAGUGGUAGAGAGAGCCAUUGGAAAAUCCGGAGACGGAGUUGAGACCGAACGUCCACUAACAUAGAAUAGAUCUGUGCACAUAUGUCCAGAGAGAGGAGCUUCGAGAGAGACGACGUCGGGACCGACUUCAGUGCCGACGUUACAGACGACAUUAAGGACGAUGCCAGAGACGAAUUGAGGGAAGGUGGUGUUUUUGAAGGUGUGAGGGAGGAUCGGAGAGAAGAGUGGGACAGAGAAAGAGGCCGGGAGAGGGGCCGGGAGAGAGGCAGAGAGCGGGGCAGAGGUGGUCCCGGCGGUGCAGGCGGCCGGGGUAUGCCAUCCCGGUCGAAGGACGCUGUUCCACGGGCGACGCUAUACGUUACCGGGUUUGUGAAGGGGACGAGUGCCAAGCGUCUUGCAGAGGUGUUUGAGGCAUACGGCCCGCUAGCACAGGUGAACGUGAUGCCGCCCCGCCACAGCGACGGGGAGCAGUAUGCGUUUGUUGCGUUUCGCAAGAUCGACGACAUGAACGCCAUUCUAGACGACGUCGAGGACGGCCGGGUGCUCGAUGAUGGCUUGGCGCUUGACCCGGACCGGGGGAUCGCCUGCGAGCGGGCCAGGCGGCUUCCUGUCUCGCAGCGGAACAUCGAACGCAGACGUUUUGACGGCGGACGACGUGACCACGGGUACCGGGAAGACAGACGGGCUCCCGACAGAAGAUACGACGAGCGGGAACGGGAGUAUCGCCGGGACGACCGCGGAAGGGGCCGGAGGUACGACGACUACGACGAUGCCGGCUCAGAUGCCCACUACAGACGAGGACGGGGGAGAGAGCGGUCGUACUCGCCCGUGAGAGAGAGACGUGGCGGUAGGGGCGGCCGAGGUGGCCGGGGUGGCCGGGGUGGCAGGGGUGACAGAGACAGGGAGGAAGCCUUCAAUGUCGACAGAGACGGCAACUUUCCUGUCGACUCCAGCGUCAACCCUGAUAUCAACCCCAACGCCGGCGCCCCUCCUCCUCCCCCUAUGAGAGACGACUAGACCAGCCAGCUAGUUAGCCCUGACUCCCGGCGCCUGGGCGCCGUGUGUAUGUAACCGUAGGAGUGUGUAGAAAAGCAACGAAGCAGAGUAACAGACGAUGCCAUCCCUCU